AUGACGGCCGAGUACGAAGGUUCCGCGCCGGCCGGCCGGGUUCAGUCGUCGAGCUCGGCCAGCCAGCAGGCAGGAACGUUCCCCAACGGCCACCUGGGCCACCUGAGCGCCGCCCAGGAGGAGGCUCUGGAGCGCUUCAAGGCCGCGCUGCAGGACAAGAAGCUGUGGCGCCCGGGCCCGCCGCCGUCGCACGACGACCAGACGCUGCUGCGGUAUCUGCGGGCCAGGCGCUGGAUCGUGGACGAUGCGCUGGCCCAGUUCAAGGACACGGAGGAGUGGCGGGCGGCGAACAACAUCGACACGCUGUACCGGACGAUUGAGCUCGACGCGUACGAGCAGAGCCGGCGCUUGUAUCCCCAAUGGACGGGCCGCCGAGACCGCCGAGGCAUCCCCCUAUACGUCUUUGAAAUCCGCACCCUCGACUCCAAAACCAUCGCAAACUACGAGAAGCAGGGCGCCAACAGCACCUUUUCACAGGCCAAGACCGACGGCAAGACGCCCCCCGGCCUGCUGCGGCUCUUUGCCCUGUACGAGAACCUGACGCGCUUCAACCAGCCCUUUUGCACGCAGCUGACGGACCGCGAACACCCGGACGUGCCCGUGACCAUGAGCACCAACAUUGUCGAUAUCUCGGGCGUCGGGCUGAAGCAGUUCUGGAACCUCAAGGGCCACAUGCAGGCGGCGUCGCAGCUGGCCACGGCGCACUACCCCGAGACGCUGGACCGCAUCUUCAUCAUUGGCGCGCCCGUCUUCUUCAGCACCGUUUGGGGGUGGGUGAAGCGCUGGUUCGACCCCAUCACGGUGUCCAAGAUCUUCGUGCUUGCGCCUCACGAGGUCAAGCCCACGCUCGAGGCCUUUAUCGAGCCCCGGAACAUCCCCAAGAAGUACGGCGGCGAGCUCGACUACACAUUCGGCCAGCUGGGCAUUCCCGAUCCCGCCUGGGAGGGCGUGGUCCGGUGGGAGAAGGGAUACAGCUCGUUCCCCAGCGGACCGCUGCUGUGGGAGGACGUUCCGGGCGAGGACAGGCUGGCGUGCGUGCGACUGGGUGCGGAAAACGGCAAGCUGGUCAGAGAGGUCAUCUGCACGCUGCCCAGGACAUGGAGCCCUCCGGAGAAGAAUGCGGACGAGUCGACGGGAACCGACAGCUCGGCCACUGCCUCGACCAACACCGCCGCCACGACGAUCAACGACGCCUCCGAGGGCACUCAGACGUCGGAAUACACCCUGGACGACGCCACUCAGACCGACGGGCCUGCCGAAGCCAUCGAGAAGCUGGCUAUUGACGACGGCGACGACAAGGCCAAGACGCCCGAAGUGACGCCUAUACCUGCCGCCACUGCCGCUGCAUGA